UGAAAACGUAGCAGUUUGACCAAGGCAGACGGAAAAUCAUUUUCCUGUCCAUUAUUAUCGUCGCUAUCUGCCAGGACCUGGCCGUACUCAAUCGAUGACGGGAAGUUAAGGCGCUUCAUCUGGAGCGAGGAUAGUCGGGAAUCUCAAAAGAAAACAGGAUUGAGUCCACUGACCCGGCAUGGGGGACAUGAAAACCCCCGAUUUUGACGACCUGUUGGCAGCGUUUGACAUUCCUGACAUUGAUGCCAAAGAGGCUAUCCAGUCUGCCCCGGAUGAGGUGGAGGGGCAUCAAGGAGCAGGCGGAGGAUCACUCAUAAAGGCUGGUGAUGCUUCAGUAGGUGGAAGUUCAGCCUUAAGGUCACCCAGCCCAUCCACGGAUUCUCAGAGCGACCCAUCUAUUGUGAGUGUGAUUGUGAAGAACCGUGUUCGCCCUGAGCCCUUUGAUGGUGGCGACAGCUCUGUACCAGACCCAUUAAACCAUAAUGGAUUUGUGUCGUCCGGUGGCUCGGUGCAUAUGUCUCAGUCCCGGGGCCAGCCAAAUGGGGAACAAUGGCCCAUAUGCAGCUCAAAGGCAAUUCCUGAGACUACAGGAGCGCUUGGAUCUUCCGGCACUUCCAAACCAGGCAGCAACAUCUUCAAUAAGCUGAAGCCCUUGAUGGCACAGGGUGCUGGAGACUCUGUCGGAAGGGCCCGAAAAAUGCAGCUUCUGCAACAGCAGCAUAUGCAGCAGGAGAUUAACCUAGAAGGUGCGGACAAGGAGAAAGCCCCUGCGAUUCCUAGUGGGACAAGUGGAGCAGCAUCUCCGUUCUUUCCCCCACCUAAACCACUUCUUUCCACUCCCUCCACAGCUUCGUCCUCUUCACCGUCAUCGUCCUCUCCAUCGGUUGGUUCCCGUGUUUCUGGGACCAUGGCAUCGUCUCCGCUGGCUACAUCCCUAACAGAGCCAUUUAACGGAUCGCCACGUCUUAGUUCGCCGGCUUUCAGACGUGUGGAUUCAGAUGAGGAGGAUUCCGAUCCUGAUUCCGGAGGAUCUCUGGUCAUCCAUGAGAGUCCAGACUCUCCCACUCCACCGAAACUAUCACGUCGGCUGAGGUCACCUCCAGAAAAUUCACAGUCUCCUUCUCUCCCUCCUUCGACAUCCAUAUCGCCCAGCGCUUACCCCAAGCCAGGUGACACUCCCUUGGCAUCACCUGCUUCACCUCGAGCUCAACAGAACUGGCUUUCCGCACCAGUCCAAACAGGAACCGGAAAGAGUUUACCCCAAGAGGAGCGAAACCCAGAGCAUGUUAUAGAAGAACGAGAUUCGCCAGAGAGCCCCGAGCCAGAGGUGCCCAAGUCCUCCAUGCCAACAUCUGCAGUUACAAAAAGAUCAUGUAGCCCAGCGGUUGCCUCUUCAUCACCAUCUGCUUCCCUUCAAGAACCUAAGGCAGAAGAAGAGGAGAUGGAGGUAGACAAAGAUUCAGUGGAGAAUGGACAAGAUGUGGCUAAUACAGAUGAUAAGGAUGGUGGGAAGAGGGAUGAAGAGAAAAUGGAGGUAGAUGCUGCACAAUCCCUUCCAGCAGAAGCCGGAUCACCGAGCAGUGGUGGCAAAGCUGUAUCUGGCGGAAAUGCUCCCUCCAGACCUCUUAAAGUCCGUAUCAAGACCAUUAAGACGUCUACAGGAGGUAUCACACGCACGGUUACCCGAGUAGCAGGUAAGGGAGGCACUGCCAAUGCAGACAAAGAUGCAAGUAAAGCCCAAACGGGCAGUCGAGCUGUUCCUGCGAAAGGCGCCAAAAAAAAUGAUGGUCAAGUGGUAAAAUGCUCAACCUUACCAGUAUCCACUCUAGAAGCCAGCAGUGCCAUGAUAGCCGCAGCCAGCAAGGUCCAAAACAAAAUGGCCAUGCAAGCCGAUAAAACCAAAAUCUCUGCCACAGCGGUGAGCAUCACAAAAGCCACCACUUUACCAGUCGCACCAGCCGUCGGUGGGAUAAGCGUGCGGUCUACGAUCGGUAAAACCGCCAAUGGAGGUACCGUGCCGUGUAAACCAGCGUCUAUUGUCAACAGCACCGGUGCUGUUAUUUCCCGUAGCCAGUCUAGUCUAGUUGAGGCUUUCAACAAGAUCCUGAACAGCAAGAACCUGCUGCCCAGCUACCGUCCAGAUCUCUCGACCCCGCCACCCCCUGAAUGGGGUCUUCCUAUGCCUGCUACUGGAUACCGCUGCUUGGAGUGCGGAGAUGCUUUUGCUUUGGAGCGCAGCCUGGCGCGACACUACGACCGGCGCUCUUUGAGAAUAGAAGUGACGUGCAAUCACUGCGCGAAGCGGCUGGCUUUCUUCAACAAAUGCAGCCUGUUGUUACAUGCUCGGGAGCACAAGGAACGAGGCCUGGUCAUGCAGUGCUCACAUUUGGUUAUGAGACCAGUUACAGUGGAGCAGAUGAUCGGCCAGCAAGACACUACUCCCAUUGGUAAGUAUGCUCUCUCUCCAUCACUCUCCUCUCCACCUCUGUCAUCCUCCACCACCCAGACAGGGACGACUCCUAUACCGUCCACUUCCAGUCCACUGAAGGACUCCCCUUCUCCAGGCACGGCUUCAACCCAGCCCAGCCCUGCCCGCCGUGGACCCCAGAGUCCCCAGGCUCUGAUGCCACUGCCCUGCAAGAAGGGCGAAGCCCUGCAAUACCACAACUUCAAGUGUCCUGAAUGUCAAGCUCAGUUUUCAAGCAAGGCUGAAUUAGUGACCCAUUUCCAGCAAAUCAGAGCUACUCCUAAUUCGACUUGUAUGCUUUGCUCUCCUCCCAUGAUGCUGCCUAACUGGUGCAGUGUUUCAGCCCAUCAGCGGAUCCAUAAGCACCGCGCACCCCACGUGUGUCCAGAGUGUGGAGGCACUGCUCGUCAGGCCACGUUUCAGACCCAUCUGGAAGAGUCUUGCCUGCACUUCGCCAGGCGCAUCGGCUACAGGUGCUCCAGUUGUCAGGUUGUGUUCGGAGGUUUGAACUCCAUCAAGUCCCACAUUCAAACAGCUCACUGUGAAGUGUUUCAUAAGUGCCCCAAUUGCCCGAUGGCCUUCAAAUCUGCCCAGAGCGCGCAGGGGCACAUCACUUCCCAGCAUCCCGCCCUCACAGCUGCGCAGGCUAAGAUGAUCUACAAGUGUGUCAUGUGUGACACAGUGUUCACCCAGAAACCUUUGCUCUACAUGCAUUUUGACACUCACCUGGCCAAACAGAAGGUGCAUGUGUUCAAAUGUCCAGACUGCACUAAACUUUAUGCCCAGAAAGGCUCAAUGAUGGAACACAUCAAGACUGUUCAUAGAGGCCUGUCUGUCAAAGCUGAGGCUCCGCCCACCACCGCAUCAUCUCCGGUCUCAGCUCCUUCCAGCAACUCCAUUCCUAAACCUAAGCCCACAGAAAACAAUUCGGAUGAGUUGAGCCAGGGACAGGGAGAGGAGGAUGAGGAGGGGGAAGAGGAGGAGGGAGAGCAUGAAGGGGAAGAGAGAGACGAGGGAGAAGAGGAAGAGAAUGAGGAGGAAGAUCAGUUGAGCUCUCCAGAAAGCGGGAGUAUGGAGUGGAGGUGCAAAGAGUGCAAGAAACGCUUUGCUGAGAGAGAGGAGUACAUCGACCACAUGAAGAAUGAACAUGGCACGUUAAUGAAGAAGUGCCCCUGCAGACUGGUGUGAACGCUCAUUCAGUUCAGCCACAGCCUUCGUCGACAUGUCCGGAUAAUACAUGAGGGCGUCAAGAGAGUCUUCCGCUGCCCGCACUGCUCAGAGGGUAAGCGUACAUUCAGUAGUCGUCUAAUUUUAGAGAAGCACAUUCGGGUCAGACAUGGCAUCAGAGCUCGACAAACAACAGACAGACCGAAUGCUCCAAACACCAGAAAGCGUUCACUUCCAGGCGAAGGGGCAGGAAGCUCGUCAGAGAUCGACAACGAGGGCGGAGCUCCACCAGUAGGGGGCGGCACCGAUACCGAUGAUGCCGCAGGAGAAGACGCCUCAUGUCCAGCCAAAAGAACUCGAGCGUCUGAGAACCGGACGCCUGAGCAGGAAGAAGACGAUGGCACGUUCCGCUGCACACCCUGCGGCUUCACCUCACAGGAUUGGGAAGAGUUCCAGCGCCACAUUCCCAUCCACUGUGACGCUGAGAAUGCACCGCAGCAGUGCCUGCAGUGUGGCGCCUGCUUCGCCUCGGCUGGCUCGCUCAGUCGCCACAAAUUCAUUACGCACCGUUUACGCCAAGGUCAGCAUGACAAUCGGGGCGGAAAUGCAUCACCUGGCACGUCGCCACAGGAUGGCUCGCCAUCUUCACCUAAAGCAGGCGAGGAGGGGGAGGGAGGGGUCAGCUGCAGGGUGUGCAGCCGGCGCUUCGACAAGGCCUCGGACCUUAACACGCACUUCCGCACGCAUGGCAUGGCCUUCAUCACGGCACACAGGACCGACAAGCCCUUGUAGAACAAGCGAGAUGGCACAAAACAAGGAAAAGCCAUUGCAAAAUAGGUCACGGC